GCAGCAGGGAGUGGCAGGACGGAGCCGGAAACCGGGGCGUCGUCGGGGAUGCUGCAGCGCGCGGACGCCCACCUUCUCAGACCUCCUCCUCCUCGCCCUCCCAUCGCGUGCCGUUGUUGCCCACGAUUUGUCUUCCUGAUCUUGCGUCGUGGGCGUGGGCGUGGCGAUCCUGGUGGUGGCGUGAGGCGUCGGGGUGUGGCGGUGGGUGCGGGAGGACCGUGCCGAGAGGGGGAGGCGGCGCUAGCGACAGACGAAAGGUGUGUGGAGACGAGGACGGAUUAGGGUUUGGAGUGCGUUCCGUUGGGUUUGGGUUUGGGUUUGGGUUGGUGGGUUGGGUGGUUGUGGUGGUGGAGGAGGAAGAUUAGGGCGAUGGGGCUCUGAGUCGGGGUGGGAGGAUAACGGUGCGGGUCGUGGAUGGGAGAGAUGUUAGCGAGGGACUCGCUCGCGAAAGGAAUCCAUGGAGAGCCUGGCGCACCUGAGCGUGCUGUGCGAGCGGCUGUACACAUCACAGGACCCGGCGGAGCGAGCGCACGCCGAGAGUACGUUGGCGUGUUUUAGUGUGAACACCGAGUACAUACAGCAGUGCCAGUACAUUUUGGACAACAGCAGCAGCCCGUAUGCGCAGCUGCUGGCGAGCUCGAGCCUGGUGAAGCAGGUGACGGAGCAUGUGUUGUCGUUGCAGCUGCGGUUGGACAUCCGGAGCUACGUGUUGACGUUUCUGGCGAGCAAGGGGCAGGAGCUGCAGGGGUUCGUGACGACGAGCCUGAUCCAGUUGCUGUGCCGGAUCACGAAGCUGGGAUGGUACGACGACGACCGGUUCCGGGACAUUGUGAAGGAGGCGAUGAAGUUUUUGACGCAGGGGAUGGUGGACCAUUUUCUGAUAGGGCUGAAGAUCUUCAAUCAGCUGGUGUCGGAGAUGAAUCAAUCGAACCCGGGGCUGUCGCUGACGCACCAUCGGAAGACGGCGUGCAGCUUCCGUGAUCUGGCGCUGUUUCAGAUAUUCCAAAUUUCGCUGACGUCGCUGCAGCAGCUGCAGAUGGACGCGGCGGACGAGAGGUUGCGGGAGCAGGCAAUCGCGCUGUCGCUAAAAUGUCUGUCGUUUGAUUUCAUUGGGACGUCGCUGGACGAGAGCUCGGAGGAUCUGGGGACGAUUCAGAUACCAUCGUCGUGGCGGCCGGUUCUGGAGGAUACGUCGACAAUGCAGCUGUUCUUCGACUACUACGCGAGCACGAAACCGCCGCUGUCGAACGAGGCGCUGGAGUGCUUGGUGCGGCUGGCGUCGGUACGGCGGUCGCUGUUUUCGGGAGAGGCGGAGAGGUCGAAGUUUUUGUCUCAUUUGAUGUCGGGGACGCGGGAGAUCCUUCGGACGCAGCAGGGGCUGUCGGAGCACGAGAACUAUCACGAGUAUUGCCGGCUGCUGGGGCGGCUGAAGACGAACUACCAGCUGUCGGAAUUGGUGAGCGUGGAGAAUUAUGGGGAUUGGAUCCGGCUGGUGGCGGAAUUCACAAUCCAGUCACUGCAAUCGUGGCAGUGGGCGAGCGGGAGCGUGUACUACUUGCUGGGGCUGUGGUCGCGGCUGGUGUCGUCGGUGCCGUAUCUGAAGAGCGACUCGCCGAGUCUGUUGGAUAGCUACGUGCCGAAGAUAACGGAGGCAUACAUUACGUCGAGGCUGGACUCGGUGCAGGCGGUGUUGCAGAACAACAUCGCAGAGGAUCCGCUGGACAACGAGGAGCACCUGCAGGACCAGCUGGACAGCUUGCCAUAUUUGUGUCGGUUCCAGUACGACAAGACGAGCAGCUACAUCGUGGCGCUGCUGGAGCCCAUAUUGCAGAGUUAUACGGGGGCUGGGAAGAUGCAAGCGGCGGGGGAGAGCCAGCAGCUGCAGGCGAUGGAGGGUCAGCUGACGUGGUUGGUGCACAUAAUUGGGGCGAUCGUGAGGGGUCGGCAGAGCUCGAGCAGCAGCGCGGAGCCGCAAGAAGUGAUCGACGGAGAAUUGGCAGCGCGCGUGUUCCAGCUGAUUCAGGUGACGGAUACGGGUUCGCACGUGCAGCGGUAUGCGGUGAGCAGCAAGCAGCGGCUGGAUCUGGCGAUUCUGUCGUUUUUUCAGAAUUUUCGGAGGGUGUACGUGGGCGACCAGGCGAUGCACUCGAGCAAGCAGCUGUACGCGAGGCUGAACGAGCUGCUGGGUCUGCAGGACCAUCUGAUGGUGCUGAACGUGAUCGUGGGGAAGAUCGCGACCAACCUGAAGUGCUACGCUCAGAGCGAGGAGGUGGUGGAGCAGACGCUGAAUCUGUUUCAGGAGCUGGCGGCGGGGUACAUGAGCGGGAAGCUGCUGCUGAAGCUGGACGCGGUGAACUACAUUUUGGAGAACCACACUCGGGAGUAUUUUCCGUUUUUGGACGAGUACAGCAAUUCGAGGAACCGGACGAUCUUCUACUUCACGCUGGGGAGGCUGCUGUUCAUGGAGGACAGCUCGGCUAAGUUCAAGGCGUUCAUAUCGUCGCUGCAGCAGGUGUUUGUGAGCUUGGAGGUGACGCCGGAGCAGGUGUUUCGGUCGGACGGAGUGAAGUUCGCGCUGAUCGGGUUGAUGCGGGAUCUUCGGGGGAUAGCGAUGGCGACGAACAGCCGGAGGACGUACGGGCUGUUGUUCGACUGGCUGUACCCGGCGCACACGCCGCUGCUGCUGCGAGCGAUGGAGCAGUGGACGGACACGCCGGAGGUGACGACGCCGCUGUUGAAGUUCGUGGCGGAGUUCGUGAUCAACAAGACGCAGCGGCUGACGUUCGAUUCGUCGUCACCGAACGGGAUCCUGCUGUUCCGGGAGAUCAGCAAGCUGAUCGUGGCGUACGGGUCGCGGAUACUGGCGCUGCCGACACCGUCGGACCCGUACACGUACAAGUACAAGGGGAUUUGGGUGGCGCUGACGAUUCUGACUCGGGCGCUGGCGGGGAACUACGUGAACUUCGGGGUGUUCGAGUUGUACGGCGACCGAGCUCUGGCGGACGCGCUGGACAUGGCGUUGAAGAUGUCGCUGUCGAUACCUCUGGCAAGCAUCAUGGCGUUUCGGAAGCUGGCUCGGGCGUACUUCGCACUGCUGGAGGUGCUGUGCCACAACCACACGUCGGUGAUCGUGAACCUGGACACGGCGACGUUCGCGCACCUGGUGGGGUCGCUGGACACGGGAGUGAAGUGUCUGGACGUGAGCAUUUCGUCGCAGUGCGCUUCGGCGGUGGACAAUCUGGCGGCGUUCUACUUCAACAACAUCACGGUGGAGGAGAGCCCGAGCUCGGCGGCAGCGGUGAACCUGGCGAGACACAUCGCGGAGUGUCCGACGCUGUUUCCGGAGAUAUUGAAGUCGCUGUUCGAGAUCGUGCUGUUCGAGGAUUGUUCGAACCAAUGGAGCCUGAGCAGGCCGAUGCUGUCGCUGAUUCUGAUAAACGAGCAGAUAUUUACGGGGCUGAAGUCUCAGAUACUGGCGACGCAGCCGCCGGACCAACAGCAUCGACUGGCGGGGUGCUUCGACAAGCUGAUGGCGGACGUGACGCGGACGCUGGAGCCGAAGAACAGGGACAAGUUCACGCAGAAUUUGACGGUAUUCAGACACGACUUCAGGGCGAAGUAGGAUAGUGCAAUCGGGGCCGGAGGUCCUGGGCAAGCUAGGCAAUUUUGGAUGGCAGGGGAUUCGUGGUCCGGGAGGAGGGUGCAACUGGAGGCGAGCGGGGCGAGCGGAGAGGAGGCAUGGCGGGGUUGGCGAGCGGACGGUUGGAAUUCGCGAAGGGGGGAUGGCGGCAGGUUGGGAGUUGACUUGCGCGUGGAGGUUGUGAGCCCGUGAUCCCUGGCGGGUGUGGUCGGUGGGGAUGUUGAGUCGAUCUGCGCGAUGCAGACGUUGGGACGCGGGAGCGGGUGAGGCGGUGGUUCCGUUUUAGACCGGCGCCGGAGAAGACGCCCGUCCCGUGUGGACGCGGGCGUCUGGAUGCCCGUGAGUGGGUGGGCAAGUCUUUGUGAGCGUAUAGUGUACAUGUUGUGAACAGAGCAUUAUUUUCAUAUUGGAACAGUGAAGCAUAGCAGACUUGCAGACGAAGAACUUGCGAUGCCGGAUGUGGUGUUUCGAGAUUGUCACCUUACAUACACGGGCUUUUUAUGCUUCCUCUCU